AUUCUCUCUCACCCUCUCUCUCCUCUCUCUCUCUUUUCAUGGCCAGCCAACAACCGAAGCCCUUGUGGAACUUUGAUCCCGUAGGUGGCCAAAUCCUCGAUCCUAUCGCCUUCUACACCCUCAAUCAGCCUCAACCUCCGUUUUUCCAUGUGAUGGGCCCCAAUGUCGCCGUUGAUGGGCUGAGCUCUUGGGAGCCGCAGAUGAAGCGUCCAAAAGAGGAGGUCUUGUCCCUUGAUUCCUUCAAGAUCGGGCAGGUUUCUACUGGCUUGGGGUUAUCUCUUGAUAAUCCUAAUCUCAAUCUUGCAUCGUCGUCUGGAGAUUCGGGCUCGGCCUAUAAUCGCUUGUCUUCGGCAGGUGGUGUAUUUGAUCGUGAGCUGCAGAGGAUGGAUGCUGAAAUCGACAGCUUCAUCAGGUUACAGGGUGAUCUAUUGAGGAAAUCAAUACUAGAAAAGGUUCAGGCGAAGCAAUACCAAACUCUAGCUUGCUUUGAGGAGAAGUUCCGUCAAAAGAUCCAAGAAAAAGAACUACAGAUUCAGGACUUCACCAAGAGAAACAUGGAGCUAGAGGAACAAUUCAGAAAACUACAUCACCAAGUGAGCAUGUGGCAGCAAGAGGCCAAGAUCAACGAAGAUAUGAUAGAUGCCCUUCGAUUAAAACUCCAGCAUGCGCAGAACAACAGAGAAGGGUGUGGAGAUAGCGAGGUGGACUCGGUUUCCUGCUCAAAAAGAGCCAUUGAUUUCCAGCUCUUAAGCAAUGAGAACAAGAAGGAAGAGUCUGUUGCUUGUAAAGUUUGUGGAGUGAAUGAUAUGUGCAUGCUUUUGUUGCCAUGCCGGCAUCUUUGCCUCUGCAAGGAUUGUGAGGUUAAGCUGAACUUGUGCCCUGUGUGUCAAUGCUCCAAGUUUUUUGGUGUCGAGGUCUAUAUGUAAGGUCAAGUAAUGAAAUAUUAUGACUGGUAUAUAAUUAUCUCAUUAUGCUUAUGUAUAUUUAUCUGCUCGCUGUUGAUGUAUAUAUGUUAAUGAGCAUGAAAAAGGUUUCAUAGUGGGACCCGCGGAACAUAUCAAUCGUGUUGUACGAAUUUUUAUUUGGUUGCACUGUUUGAGU